AUGGGCGCUCGGCUAUCACUCGCUGAGGAGCCUGUGGGAGGAGUUGGAGUGGAUCCCGGAGACGAAGAGGGCGAUGAGCUGAACGCUACGCCAGCGCACGUGAGGGAGCAGCUGCUCUCCAGCCUGCAGGUCUCUGAGGCCGAGGUUUGCAAGCUGCUGAAAUUGCCCCAGCGCUAUCCAGAUGGCCGCGCGCAUCCGUGCUGGAUCGCUGCGCGAAAGAACAGGGUGACCGCCUCUCGCUUCGCAGCGGCCUGCUCUGCACCCGGCGCACGGAGCAACCGCAAGGUGGUGGUCGCCGACAUGCUCGCCCUGCCCGAGGGCCGCGCAGUGCAGGCGACCCGGUUCGGUGUGCAGCACGAGGAUGUCGCCAGGGAGGCCUACAUCGCUUGGCGCCGGUCGGAGGCCAGCAAGCAGUCCGCCAGCGACCUGGACCUCCAGGUUGAACCUCUAGGCCUCUGCGUGUGGCUGCAAGAGCCCUGGCUUGCUGGCUCGCCAGAUGGGUUGUGCGUGGUGGAGGGCAAGCCGGAGGGACUCUUGGAGAUCAAGACCGCGAAGGAGUGGAACGGCCUCUUCCAAAGCGAGGACACCUCCCCAAUCCCAUGA